AAAUCGUAAUCACACAGCGGCAACAGUGUAAGCGUUAGAAUCUUGUAGGUUAUGUUGAUGUUUUGCUAUCAAUUCAAACUUCUAACGUCUGAAAAGUGGUGUGGACAAUCAUGUAGUUCUUGUCCAAAUUAUGCAAAUAUUAUCGUUUAUCUCGGAAUUUUACAUUAGUUCUCGGUCAAACUUGACUCCUCUAAAUUAUUUAUUCAAUUACUAUAGUGAUUAAGGGUGCAGUGACCCACUAUGGAUGUGAUAAGUGCGCUUGAUAAACUAGGGUUGGAGAAGCUUCCCACUGGAUGGGUCAGUAAUGUUUGGAAUAAUUCUUUCUCUGAGAUAGAUGUUUUACCACCGGAGUACGAAGCAUAUUUAGAAGAAAUCAUAGUUGUCGAUGUUCUAGAUGAAAUCUCUGUGUGCUUCAAGAUUUGGUUAGAAUCUGAUGAUUCUGCAAGUACAGCACGCUUAUCUCUUAACACGUCAUCCAUUGCUGAUGAUAUCGACGUGAAGUCCUGGCAGUACCUAAUCAAGAAAGAAAUUAGACACAAGGCCCUGAUAUGUCUACUUAGCUAUUUUAUUCAUCAAGCAAAAUCAGAAUCAAACGACGAAGAUGCCCGGCAUACGGCUUUAAGUGCCAUCAGCGUCUAUGUGAUGUUAUUAGCUGUUCCUGGAAGUCAAGUUUUCCAUAUUUUUAACUCAAUUUUAUUCUCCUCAGUCCUAGAAGUUCUUGAAAAGUUUUGUGAUCUUGUUAAAACACGUUCUAGCAACAUUCAACAUCGGACAAAUGAUGAUUCCCUAGAUGGUGACGAAACAAACAAUGAAAGCUUAUCACAUCAAGAAAGAUCUCACCUUGAAAAAUGGCUGAAUGCUCUUUUGAAACGAUUCACCUAUGCCUUCCGAAAAAUAAAUUUCCGAUCUCAAGAAGAGUCCCUCGCCUCUUUGGUUCAAUGGCUCGCCAAAGUGACAAGACUGGAGAAGAGCACUGUGAUAACACAAUAUGAGACAAAUGCUACAGGUUUUAAUGCUUUACCAAUGAAUGCUUUUAAUGUUUUAAAAGCUCUUUGCUCACCAGAUGUAGGAGAAGUUCCUGAGGUUGUGUGUGCAGUUUUAAAAGAGCUAAUGCCAGCAUUUCUUGUUGAAAAGAAGCAAGCUGCCAGAGAGCAUCUGACAAUCAAAGAAAAUGUGAUUAAUUUUAUGAAGCACUUGAUGGAAACUCUAGGAGAUGCCUCUUACCCCGGUGUAAGAGUUCUUAUUCAACACUUAUGUCUUUUAAUCCCUGACAAAGCAGAUUUGCGCAUAAAAGCAGUAUCAACAAUUCUUGAAAUACUGAGUUUUGUGCCUGCUGAUAUCUACGGUCAAACUGUUAUUUGGAUCUAUAGUUUUUGCCACAGUGACAAUGUCAAGCACCGUAUCAAUGCUCUAGAAAUUAUGUCACGACUCAUAUUAGAAGCGCUAGUAAGAUUCACAAAUGAGGAUUCUCCUUUGAUAAAAUACACCACAUAUCCAUUUUUAAUCGCCAUUGUCUUAUCUCGUUGCAAAGAUAACGCAGCCUCUGUAAGAACCAAAGCACUCACUGUUUUUUCAAAUGCCCUGUCGUCGAAUAACCCACAUAUCCGUGCUGUCAUUGAGGGAAUUUUUGUCACCCCGUAUCAGACUGAAGAUGAAAAUGUGACCAAAGCAGAAUUGAAACGAUCUUUCCCAGAUUUUAAUGAAUUUUUCAAAUGUAUUGAAGAAGAAACAGAAUGGAAUGAAAAUCCAUUACCUGGUGCCAGAAUUGUCCUGAAAUUCUUGGAUGUGUUUGUAGCGGAUAAUAAAGUAUUUGUCAAGAAAUCAGCAUUGAUGUGUUUAGCCUCUAUCUGUUGCUUGCACCCUCGAUGGAUGAAUGAUGAACUCCUUCAGGUUUUGACAGAAAACUGCCGCGAUCGAUCUGUGUUAAUCAGAAAAUCUCUGACUCAGUGUAUGACAACUCUUUUGGAGCGCUAUCCUGAAAACGAAUUAGUCUGUAAAUAUUGGGUACAAGGAGUCUUGCCUCUUUUAUUUGACACUGAGCAAAAGGCUCAAGAAAAAGUGCUUGAAGUUUUUGCUCAACUACUAAUUGACAACAUGGCGCCGCAUAAUCAGUCUAUUACUCCUCCGACACAGCUGCCUUGGCGAAUAUUGAGUCUCAUUUCUGAAUUUAAUCUCCGCAAGUACUUACGCUUUGCCUGUGCUCACUGGGUUGCAUCUAAUGUCUUUAAUCAAGCAUUGAUUAAUACUCUUCAAACUCAUAUUGGAACAGAAAAUAACGCAAACGCAUGGUUAUUUGUGGUUUGCAUGACGGAGUACCACCAAAUCAACAAUCCAAAUUUCAUAAUGACGUACUACGCUACUUACAUCCAUGCUAAUAGAGAGGCUGAUAUAUAUGUUGGUCAAAUGGUUUUGGACUCAUUGAAAUUUACUUGCAAGAAACUUAGCAAAGAAACGCAGAAUAAUCUUGUGUCAGAGCUGCUGCCAGCUCUGAAAAAUUUUUCUAUACCUCAUCAGCUCAUUCUACAAUCUUUCGACAUCCUAGCACUGCUUGCUGAUAUUAGAUCAAUAUCUAAUGGUGAAGGAAACUUAGCUGUAUCCAUCACUCAGGAGUGUGAGCGGUAUAUUGAAGAAAAAUUGGACAAAAACACUCCGGUUGAAGAGGUGGACGAAGAACUUCUUUGUCGUCGUAUUCUUACUUUAGGGUGUGUUGCAGUACUCUGGCCAACAGGCCGACCUAUCAGUGAAAAAGCAAUCACUUCCAUUACAAACCUUGUAGACGUUACCUUCGGUGUAAAUGUAAGAAUGAGAUUCAUGACUGGACUUCUACCUGCAAUGGCUGUUGUCACCCUUGGGCGUCUUGCCCUGCAGACAGAUUUGAUUGCAAAAGAAUUUGUUCCUCUGUUUGGACGACUUCUGCGCCGUGUGAGAGAGCCGCAGAUAAAAAUUAACACCAUCACAGCAUUGGCAGAUCUCUGUAUACGGUACACAGCUAUGGUAGAAAAGUUCAUACCAGAAAUAUGUGUUUGCUUAUGUGAUCCCGAAGUUAAAGUCCGAUCCACUACGCUGAUGCUACUAAUUGAUUUGAUCCAGCAAGACUACCUAAAACUACGUUGUCCUGUUUUCUUCCACCUGCUCAGUAGACUCAACGAUGAUAAUGAGAAAAUUCGAGAAGUUAUCUCCGAUUGUUUCGUUAACAACUUUUUACGAAAUAACCCGUCUCUCAUCAUUCAGCAUUUUGUUGAAUCCCUCUUCUACUAUAAUGCUUAUUAUGAUCAUCCAGCGUAUUGUAAAAUGCAGAUGUCAAGCCGUGAAAGGGAGGUAUUUUCAUUGGAAGGUCCGGCCAAUCAAGGAAAACGUUACUUUAUCUACAAAUAUAUGUUGGAGCAUGUUGCGGACGAGCACAGGCUGAAAAUAUUCAUGAGGCUCUGUGCGGAUAUUUUAGAUGGUGUGGCAGAUGGUAAAAUCAAACUUGAAAAUGAAGGAAUUAUACUUUUGAAAGAUGCUUUGCAUGUAUUGUGUUCGGAAGAAAUUAAAUUGAGGCCCGUGCCAAUGCAGGAGCCAGAAAAUGACGAUCUCGGAGAGGAGAGACAAGAAUAUGAAAUCGCUGUCACCAAAGCAGUUUUGAACCAGGCUGUUCGCUCGCAGGCUGUUGAAUUCAUUGUCCCUAUCAUCAUUCGACUAAAGAAAGUCCUUCAGCAGAAAAAGUUGUUAUUGAAUGAGUUGAUGCUCUUCACAAGGGAACUCAUGAAAGAUUAUAAGAAUGAGUUGAAAACUCUAUUAGCUGCAGACAAAGAAUUAGCUCAAGAGGUGGAGUUGGAUCUCCAGCUUUUAGAAGAGCAAGAAAACGCUGCAAGAGCCCAAGAAAGGACGGAACAAGAACCCCAGCCAGAACCAGAACUCCUUAAUAUUAGCAGGUGUAGUGUCAGAAUGGAAAGGAUAGAAGUAAGAGCUGAAGUGCACCAGGCCAACCAGAGCGGACCAGAAGAUGCAGAGUCUGAACCCUCCGCACCAACAGUUAACGGUAGAUGUAACGGUCGGAGUAGUGAUGCAAUUGAAGAAUUGCCGAAUGACAGACCGUCUACUCCGGGUGUGAAUUCAAGCAGAUGUAGCAAUGUGAUCGAAAAAUUAGCAGAUGACAGACCCCCUACACCAUCUGUAAAUACUAGUAGAUCCAGUAGCAGAUGUAGUGUUGUGAUCGAAAAAUUAUCGGACGAUAGACCCUCUACACCAUCUGUAAAUACCAGUAGAUCCAGUAGCAGAUGUAGUGUUCGAAUUGAAAGACUGUCAGAAUCGAGUUAGGUUUUAAAUUGACCGGAGAACAUUAAUCAUUUUUAAAAUAAUAGUACAUUUAGUCAAAUUUGCCUUACCUCCAUUCAGUAAGCAUUUUCCUAUUCUUGGAGUGAAAUUCUUUAAGCAAUGAUUUUAAUAAUAGUUUUUGUGUUUAAGAAAUCCAUCAAUGUCAAAUGGAGCUCUUACAUGCAUCAGGGCUUUGCAAUUUAAGUUUUUUUUUGGUUGUAAAUUCUGUGAGAAACUUGAUGGUGCCAAUGGUUUUCUCUGAAAGUAACUAUCAAGCUCAAAAAAGCUCUUAAUGUUGGACACGUAGUGGAGGGAUUCCCCCAAGCUAUGCUGAGAGUCUAAAUCCAUCUCCAGUCAAACCUCUUAUUCACAGGUGGGGAGCAAAUACAUUAGUAGGGUCGCAGGGUCGCCCUUUUGUUUGGGGACUCCAAGGUUGAAAGCACUGCAACCCUGCUGAUGUAUUUGCUCCCUGUUUGUGCAUGAAGAGUCUGACUGGAUAGUGAGGUGGUCUCUCAGGGUAACAAGGGAAAACUCCUUCACUGCGGUCAUAACUUUGAGAGCUUUUUUUAAGUUCAUUUGAGGGAUAAUUAGUUCCACCAUCGUGUUUCUUGCAAAAUGUAACAUACGGAAAAACACUUAGAUCGCAAAUCCUGGAUACAUGCCAGAGCUACCUUGAGAGAGAGAGUGAUGUCCAAGAUGCUCUUUAUUUUAAAAGGUAAUGGUCAUUGGCCGUGGAAAAACGAACCCUGUCUUCCGUUAUUUGAAAAUUGAGCAAUCGGUUGUGCAAAGAAGCAAGUAUGAUAAAUGCUCGAGCAUUUAAAAUUUAAUUGUUUCCAUUAGUAUCUUAGAACAAUACCAAAACUCUUUAUUCGUCCAGAAAAGACGAAUUUUGCUUGGAGGAAUGGGUGCACUUGAAUAUAUUCAGGAUGAUUUGUGGUUGCAUGUAAGUCCGAUCUAGGGCUUCCAAAUGGCCAACAGGGCAGGUUCAGCUCAGUGACAUAUUAUACAUUUCAAAAAAGCCAAUGAAAUGUGUCUCCACAAAGAGUGAGGUUGACGAGAAACUUAUCUUAAAUUCAGUUUCAGCAUUAACAAGCUUAUUUUUUUGGUUACAUUUGCGAACUUUGUUAGAAUUUUAAAAUGGAUUUUUGAAUCGAUCCCUGAAUUGGUUACCUCUAAUUUUACACAUCCUUCUGCAGUGUAUUCUGUUGUCAGAUUUCUGUAAAGUCGAAUUUUUGUACCUUAAAACGUUCAUCUGCCAAGAUUUUUUAAUUUUAAGUUAUUAUAUUCUUCUAAACUGUACUUUUUUCUAUCUUCCCUGUUUUACUCAUUCGAUGAUUGUUUUUAAAGAUAUGAGAACAGAAAUAAUAAAACAAUCUGCUCUUUUCUAA